GCAUGUUACUUUACCAUUCCGGCAUACAUCUACACUUAGAAUAAUAGAAACGAACGAAUUGGUAGAUAUUCAGUACACUGGCGCUUAUUUCAUAUUUAUCAUCGUUGCCAUAUUUUCCUUCUUCUGCUUUAUUGGUGGGUGGUAUAUCCUGAGACGACACAUGUACAUGGAACGAAAACGAAAAUACAUAUAUUUGUUGUUCCUUGCCUCAGUGCUUUUAGGCAAUUGUGUUUUUAGCACUUUUAUUUACUUAGAGAAGAUACAUGUGGAUUCCAAAAUCGCAUUGACUGCUUUGUUCGUGGUUCCAGUGUUUGGUUGCAUUUUUGCUUUGAGCAUGGUUUUCAUCUAUGAUAUACAAAAGGAUCGCAACAUAUAUAAUGAGGACUAUGAAGUAAAAAUUUCUGAACUCCUGAAUGCCGCUAAACACGGGGACGUUGUUGAGCUACGGCGAAUAGCACACCAGAAGUACGUAGAAAUGCAUGAUGUUGAUUAUGACCAGCGCAGUGCUCUUCAUUUAGCUGCUUGUGAAUGCAAAGAAGAAGCUGUAAAAUACCUUCUAGAUCACCAUUUCUGUAGUCCAGGUGCAACUGAUAGAUGGAAUCGUACAGCACGCGAAGAUGCAGAAUGGCACCAAACAUACGAUGGAAAGGACAUGGACUACAUCGGAGUUAUCAAACUUUUAGCCCAAUGUAAAACAAAGAAAACCAAAACGGAACAUUUCAGAGAAAAAUGUGCAACAGAAAUAAUACAUGCAGCGAAAAAUGGAGAAAUUCACACUCUUAAAAGGUAA